UGGGAAUAUUUUAGGGUUUUUAAAGAUUGUAAAUUAAAGACGAUGCGAUUGGCUGUUCGUUACUUUUCUUCUUGCUGAGACAUCUUGGAAAUGUUAGUUUACCGGCUCUGCUGCUAAUCCAGCUAACGAUGUGCUAACUGGAAACUGAAAUAGGAGGGUACGGGCUUAUCCUGCCUCAGAAGAAUUGCUUGACGAAGCCAACACGUCUCCAGAAACAUUCUGUGUUUGGGGAUGACUCCGACGAUGAGACAUCUGUCAGGGAGAGUCUGCAAAAAGAAGCAGCGAAGAAGAAGACGAUGAGGCAGACUCAGCUGGAAAUGAAGAAGGCCUUGGAAGAGGACAGCACCGUGUACGACUAUGAUGCCGUGUACGACGACAUCCAAAAGCAGAGGCUGGACAACAGUCGAAAAGUUUUGUCGGGGGCAGAAAAGAAGCCAAAGUACAUCCACCAGCUCAUGAAGGCGGUGGAGAGCCGCAAGAAGGAGCAGGAACGUCGGGAGGAGAGGAAGAUCCAGAAGGAGCGCGAGGCGGAGGGCGAGCAGUUUGCCGACAAGGAGGCGUAUGUCACCUCGGCCUACAAGCGGAAGCUGCAGGAGCAGGAGGAGGAAGAAGAGCGCGAGCGGAGGGAGGCCGCCAUUGAAGCUGCUUUGGACGUGAGGAAACAAAAAGAUCUGAGCGGCUUCUACCGACAUCUUCUGAACCAGACUGUAGGAGAAGCAGCUGUCCCGGAUCGCUUGGCUAACAAAAGUCAAAAGUCAGAAGAUGUAAUGGUUCCAGAAACAUCUCAGACAAGUGUUGACAUCACGUCAAGUCCCGGAAGUGACGGAGAAGACGCACACGAGAAGAAAAACAGAUUCCACAGGACCGCCUGCGCCGCCUCGUCCUCACAUUCCAAACGGCAUUACAGACUGAGGUCGCCCUCAUCGGGGAGUGAGUGUGAGAGAGAAAGAGAUGCGUGCGGAAAGAAAGGGCGAGACAAGGACGGGUCACACGGCAAGAGGAGGCAAGACAGUGACGGCGAGAGUCACCGAAGCAGACGCCAAGACAGAGAGAGGGAAGAAGACGGCAGGAGGAUGUCGGAUAAAGAUGAAGGGAGAGAGGAAAAGAUGAGAAAAGAUGAAGAUGGGAACAAAGCACCUCGAGGAAAGGAGGAGGAUGAAGGAUGCGAGAGGGAGGAUGAAGGGGAGAAAGGCGAAAAGGUGACGGUAGUGAACAAGUUCGCCAAACGUUCCAACGAGCAGACUCUGAGCUCGGCCAGAGAUCGAUACCUCGCCCGCCAGAUGGCUCGCUCGGCAGCCAAAUGCUACAUUGAGCGCGACGAAGACUGACUGCCACCGCACACCGGUCCUCAGCUUCUCACCCAAAUGUUCAAACAAAGAAAAUUGUGAUCAAAUGUAGAGUGACAUUAAAAUCUUUCCUAUUUGA